GCGUAAUAGUUCGUGUCUACGAAUACGAAUAAAAAUCUUUCCCAAAGACCCCCCCACCCAAUACGAGUCAUUCCCUGUCUCCAAUCGCAGCCCGCAGGAACUCCGGACGCAGAGAGAUUCACAGACUCACAUCACCGCCGAUCACACCUCGUCUUGGUUUAUGAGAUAUUAGCAAGAAUCAAGGGACACGAGCUAUAUGGGAUGAGAUAUGGAGAUGUAAGAGGCUUCCAUGAUCUCUGUUUGUGGAGCAAAAGGGAAAAAAAGAAAAGAAAAAAAGAAUGCAGCCAUGUCAAAGGGUUGUGGCUAGUGGAGAGAGACACAGCCAGUCAAUUGAAUCAUGUAGUGUGGGAGCAACAUUGACCCGUCGCCCACAGGUACGUGAUUAGGAUCAAGGCGGCUGUUUACAGGUAAAACAUGGAAGUUUCACACAAGAAGAAGAAUACCAUGUUUCUGGGAGACGGGGAAACCAGCACCAUCAUAAAGCAAGUAGGAAUGUGGUCGCUGGAAGCACGACCUUCACCUCUGCCACAGUAGUUAAUACGUUUUUUUAUCAAAUCUAUCUGGAAAUGGGAUGAGGGGCUGGGAAACUGAAUGAGAUAAUUGGUGUCGGAACUGUGGAUGAGUGAGAGUGAAAGAGAUGCUCACGAAUGUCCCGAACGUCAAUAGACAAAGCCGCCACGCCCUCAAAUCUGACCGACCGCCACUCUGAGAUUGGGUAAGGCCCUUGUUUACAAUGCCGUGAUCGGAGGAAGGAAUGAAUGUAAAAAUGUGAGUUGGUGUUCCAGUCACGCUGUCUCUCUCAUCUCUCAAAAACUCUUGCAGUUGCACGCAGCUCUCCCUCCGUCGGCCCCGUUUGGUUUGGCCAUCCCAUCUCUCUUUAUCAUCUCUCAGACUUGUCACUUCUUGCGCCACUCAUCUCUCUCUCUCUCUCUCUGUUUGGUCGAAUCUCUCCCCCUUUACACCGGUGAUCACAUCGCCCUGACACCGUCACUCUCUUGCGUUGUUUUUCCCGUCGGGUGUCCCAUAACCAGUAAUACACAGGAGGCUCGGUUUCUGUUUUUUUGAUAAGUAAUAAUCUUUAUUGAUUAGAAAGAAACUAGGCAGUGCCCAAGUACACCGGAAGUAUACAAAGUGAGACACCUAAUUACAUUUUAGUGAGCUGAAUCUCUUAAGCAUGUUAAAUUUGAUAUAUAGUUUUCCUAUUAUUUCAAUUUUUUUUUUUUAAUCGGUAAUCAAGAAAUUUUAUUCAUGAGUAUGGGCAAAGCCCAAGAAUACAUGGAGUAUACAUGAGAAGUACUUAGUUUACAACUGAUAAUAAAAAGUCAUGGACAUUGAGUCCAUUACAAACAAUGGCCCCCACCCAUAAGAACAAAGUUUCAAAGAAAAUUUUUGUUUACCUAUGUAUCUAGAGGUAUUUCAAAAUUUUUGGAGCAAAUUUUUAUGAUCAUGAGCAGUAACCCAAGAGCUAUUUUACACCAUUCGGCUUAGUGUAUUUUUUUGCACGAAAAAACUUAAAAAUUAGAUUCUUGUUCAUUGAAUAUGUUGUUAUGAUUGUGUUGUGAUGUUGUUUUGAUGUAAAUUGUGGAAAGAUGAGUGAACUAGAAUAUAGACUUUAGUCUUGACUUGUGAUGUUUGCCAUGUUGCAAAGUAGCCGCUGUGUAAUUGUGGUUUUCUGUUUUCCAUGGAAAAAUUUUAAAAUUAGAUUAUUGUUCAUAGAAUAUGUUGUGAUUUUGUUGUAACCUUUUUUAUGUAAAUUGUGGAAAGAUAAGUGAACUAAAAUCUAGAUUUUAGGCAUGUUGGAAAACUAUGGAAAUUCUCAGAAUUCUCAAAACCCCUGUCAGCUAAAAGCAAUGACUUCAGUAAACAUUCGUGCACUGCUUCUAUUCUCCGCAAUUUUUCGUGUCAUUCUUAUUCUCUAUGGAGAAUGGCAAGAUAGUCACAUGGAGGUUAGAUACACAGAUGUUGAUUACCUCGUCUUUUCUGAUGCUGCUUCCUUAAUGGCUUCAGGAGAUUCCCCAUACAAAAGAACAACAUAUCGUUACUCUCCUUUGCUCGCAUUUCUACUUAUUCCAAAUGCAAUCAUUCAUCGCUCAUGGGGAAAAUUUCUCUUUUCAGCUUCUGACUUGCUUGUGGGCUUCUUUAUCCGAUCUAUUUUGAAGCUACGUAGGGUACCUGAGAAUCUAUGCACCUAUUCUGUGAUGAUAUGGCUCCUCAAUCCAUUUACCUUCACUAUUGGAACUCGUGGGAACUGCGAGCCCAUUGUUUGUGCUGUGAUUUUGUGGAUCAUUAUCUGUCUUAUGAAUGGUAAUGUGUUGCAAGCUGCAUUUUGGUAUGGGCUUGUUGUCCAUUUUAGAAUUUAUCCCAUCAUCUAUGCACUUCCUAUUAUCCUAAUUCUUGAUUCAAACUUCUUCCAUUCUGGUCAGAAGCCAUUCCUUAGUUAUUGGACUGCUGGUCAUGGAAAGACAACCCAAAGCAGUACUGAUGCGACUUAUCACUACAAUAUGCAGAAUGUAUUGACGAAAAUAUUUACUAGGCAGAGAGUUAUGUUUGGACUGGUAUCUGCAAUUGUUUUCUUCUCUUUCACUGGUCUUUUCUUCUACUUGUAUGGGUGGGCGUUCUUACAUGAGGCACUGUUGUACCACCUUACUCGUACAGAUCCAAGACACAACUUUUCUGUCUAUUUCUAUCAUAUAUAUCUCCAUUAUGAAAAGGAGAUUUCGGUCCUGGAAAAGUUCAUCUCUUUCUUGCCUCAGUUCAUGGUACAGCUGGUUCUCAUUUCCUGCUUUGCACAGGACUUCCCCAUCUGUUUUUUUGUGCAGACUGUGGCCUUUGUAGCAUUUAAUAAGGUAAUUACGGCACAAUACUUUGUGUGGUUCUUUUGCUUGUUGCCUCUAAUUCUACCAUGGAGCAGUAUGAAGCUUAAAUGGGAAGGCAUAUGUUGCUUUUCUGUGUGGAUGGGAGCUCAAAUCCAUUGGUUGAUGUGGGGGUAUAUGCUUGAAUUCAAAGGCAAGAAUGUCUUCCUACAGCUUUGGAUGGCAAGCUUGGUGUUCCUGGCUGCAAAUACUCUUGUACUUAUCAUGAUUAUUCGCCACCACCGGUACUCUCCAGUAUUUCGACAUCUAGAGCUCAAGAGUUCCAAGAACUCAGUAAAACUUGAGUGAGGGAUGAGACCCCAUGACUGUCCAAAGUUGAGAAUCUGUAUUGUCCUAGGCAACUUUAUUCGCUAUUACUUUGGGAAUGUACAAACAGUAUUUUAACACUUGAAAAGGAUCUUGAAUGGGUUAUGGUAAACAUAGAGCGUUCAAAACCGA